UUCGGCACCGAAACCCGGCUGCCUGCCGUAGUCUACGCAACGCGCGGAGCGCGCGCAAGCGGACUGCCGACGAAAUCGACGUGGUGGGGCGUGUCUCACUGCCUUCUCGACCCACGGUGUGCCCUGCUCGUAUCACGGACGAAUUCAAAAUUCAUCGCGGAAUAUGUCAAACACCGCAUACGUGUUAAUUGACAAUAUUUUCCCAUCAACGAUACAAACAAGCGUAGAAAAGCUCCCGACUCUGUACGUGACACCGUCUAUGCAUAAGUAUAAUCUUAAUUCGCACAAUCCACCGGCACGAUCUUUGGAUUCAGUUACUUUGCUAAAACGGAAUCAGUUGGCAAGAAUAUUUGGGCCAUGGCUGCUUCUAAUGCAAACACUCACCACCUGCCUGGGGAGGACACCGAUUGGAGGAAAAACAUUAUAACCCAACUGCGAGACAGGAAUAGAUCUGAAACUUACUGCUUUCACGAUCUUAUCUGUCUACAUAAUCGACUUCUCGAAAGUGCCAAUACAUUAAAAUUGGAGAACUAUCAAUUGUCCAUAGCUAAUGAAAAGCUAAAAUGUGAGGUGGGAUCAGGUGGAUUUGGAGGUAAUUCAACUUUGGAAGCUCGACUUUUGGCUCAUGCUGAAGAACUGGCCACUCUUCAUAAACGAAGAGGUGAACACACUCAGCAGAUUGUAGAUCUUAACAACAAACUUCAGGAGUUACGAAAAGAAUUACAAACAAAAGAAUCUAGUAUUGCAGAAAGUUUAGAAGUGAAUGCUGGGUUGCGCGCAGAAAUUACAAGAUGUGUCAGCAGGGAGCGAGAAUUGGAGAAUGUAAAUCAAAUGCUGAAAGACGAACAUCAAGCUCUGCAGCUUGCUUUCGCCGCUCUCGAAGAAAAACUUCGAAAAGUUCAGGAAGAGAAUCGUCAGCUGGUAGAACGUCUGAUCAGAUAUAAGGCGAAGGAUGCAGAGAAAAUGAAUGAAGAAAAUGAUAAUUUUUUAAAUGAGGCUUUUACCAGCCCGACAACCUUUUUGAUGCAUACACUAUCAAAAUUUGGAAAACGGCAAGCUAAAAUGCAGAAGGAAUUAGAAGACGCAGCACGAGAUACUCGUGGAAUCAGUCCAGAUCGAACAAGUUUGAAGGAAUGUCCCGCUGGAUUUUCGCCGUCGUUACCCACCAAAGUUUCUUCCAAAUUUACCAACGCCUUCAAAGCUGUGUCAAAUAUGCCGAAUAGGAAACACAAUACGCGUCUGACGAAUCGCUACCAAAGGGAUAUUUUGAUCCAGGAUGCUCACGACGGCGAAGUGAACGCGGUGAAAUGGUCACCCGUCGACCGAAUAGUGGCGACCGGAGGUGCCGACCGGAAAGUCAAACUCUGGGACGUAUCGAAGGGCUCGUACGACAGUAAAGGUAUGCUGGUUGGCAGCAACGCGGGCGUCAUGUCGGUGGACUUUGACUCAACCGGAAGUCUGAUUUUGGGUGCAUCCAACGAUUUCGCCAGCCGCGUUUGGACGGUCAGCGAUCUUCGACUGAGGCACACCCUCACUGGCCAUUGCAACAAAGUUAUGGCUGCUAAAUUUCUUGGCGAACCGUCCAAAGUCGUCACAGGAAGCUAUGACAGGACUCUCAAAAUCUGGGACCUUCGCAGCAGAGCAUGUAUAGAGACAAAGUUUGCUGGAUCAAGCUGCAACGACGUGGUAAUAUCCGACGGCUCGGGAUCGACGAUAAUCAGCGGACACUUUGACAAGACGAUAAGAUUCUGGGACACGCGAGCCGAGUCCAGUUCAAACAACAUCUUGCUCCAAGGCAAAGUGACGUCGCUGGAUCUAUCCCGAGACGCGCAUUACUUGUUGAGCUGCGUCCGUGACGAUACAUUGAAGUUGCUGGAUUUAAGGAUGAACCAAAUUAUCGGUACUUUCAGUGCCGACGGUUUCAAAGUUGGCUGCGAUUGGGCACGCGCUACUUUCAGUCCGGACGGACAGUACAUUGCCGUUGGAUCUUCUAAUGGGUCUGUAUUCAUCUGGUCCGUGAGCAGCAACAAAGUGGAAUCGGUGCUCAAAGACCACACGUCGUCGGUGACGGCGGUCGCGUGGCAUCCUCAGGGAACGUACCUCGCCUCCGUAGACAGGACCAAGCAGGCGACCAUUUGGGGCGACGUCUGACAGGAUUAUUCGCCUUGAAUACGAACUGGAGGUGCCAAGGAGCGUGAAAAUCAAAUUUAUAUUCCGAGGGUGGGUUGAAAUGUGGGUAUAUUUUCACAGGAGGAAUCCUGCCCUCGAACUGAACAAGUUCCCUGAUUUCAUGUCUACGCAAAUGCACAGAGCCAGCUAGAAGGAUAUACUUUGACGCUAAAAAGGCAGCUCUACGGUUUGGUCAAAUUGCUAUUUGUAUUAUACAUGUUUCAGUGAGUCUGAUAUACAGUAACAGGAUCGUUUAAUUUUUAAGAUACGAACGAAGCACAGUAAAUUUACAAAGAAAUUUCACCAGCAA